AUCUGCUACUAAUCAAAUACAGGCGGAGGUACAGAAGUUGUUUAGCGGUGGACGAGAUGGGUGAAACCUCUUCGGUUGAGGAUGAAUUUGAUGACUGGUUUAUCGAGUCUUUGAAAAUAUACAAUCAUAUUCACGAGUAUCAACUUGAACAUCCUACAAGAGCAAUUGAAUGGACAUCAGAAAAAACUAUAUGUGUUGCAGGUUACAAUUCGGAUAAAAAUGAAAUUUUAGAGCUGCUUUUGCCACUGAAACUUUUCGCUGAUGAUAAUCAGGGUCUUUGUGCAGAACGAGAUUUCAAAGUUGUCCAUGGAGGUUUCUCAGAUGGCUCCAUUCAUUGCCUCAAACACAUUCCAGGAACAAGGUGUGUCGUUACCAAUGAUGGCUUCAACUCCAAUCUCCAGGUGUGGGACUUAGGAGGAGACGAUUGUGAUGUCAUAAAGAGGACAGGAGUUUUACAACUGAAGAGUGCAUCAUCAGAUAACGGUGUCAAAAUAGCCCCUGGGUUAACUGGAGGCCCAUGUGUUCUUCAUGGCUCUCAGAUCAGCGAUAUUCARCUGACUGAGCUGACGUCAGGAAAGCCACUCUACUCUCUGGGGAAAGACAUUCCAGAUUUACUAAGCUCCCUGCAAUUUGUGAGUGGCAGUGUAUUUCUCGCUUGUGCCUGCAAUGGCGACCUGUAUGUGGGGGACACACGGAAGCCUUCCGCUCCUCAGAAUAACCCAGCUGGAGGGAGAGAGGGCGCCCACUGGUGUAUGGGUGUUAAGACAGACCUGUCCUCAUCAGACCCAUCCUCCUGUAGUGUAGCAAGGCUCUCAUCCGCCUGCCAAGUGGUUGUGUCUGAUCUAAGGGACCUGAGAGCCCCCUUGUGUCAAGCCCAGCUUCAUGUCCAGAGGAAAACUACCAGUGAUGACUUCAUGAAGGUGACAUGGGCACCUGCUUUAGACAACUGUCUGGCUGUGUCAGGUUUUGAUGGAAUGGUGCAAAUCUACGACACUGCCCCUUGGAGACCAGAGUUGAUGGAAUUCCAGCCUUUUUUUAUCCACCGAGGUCACAUGAUGUCCGAUGAUCAGUUUGACACUUCAUUAGCUGUGGUCACCACUCAUGUUUGGCAUCCAAGUCGACCCAGGACUGUCCUCUCUGCUGCUGUAGACGGGUCUGUGCAUGUAUGGGACUGGGUCGACAAAGCCACUGCCAGCUGUUGACAUUCAAACACACUUACAGCUCAAUGUUAAUCAUUAUGCAGCUUUGGACCUUGCCUGAAGUCUACAUGUUCUUUUCAUUAUGUAAGGAAUAUGUAAMGCACUAUUUGUGAUAAGAUGACGUGAAAAAUGACACUUGUUCAUCUUCCCAUUCUUAUGAGUAGUUGUUAUUCCCAUACUGUACACACAUUUGCAUGGAAGAGGUAUUCUGAGUUUGUACUAUUAUAUUUUGUAAGAGACAUUUGAUUAUAACAUUUUCAUUAAACUGAUCUCUUCAUGUA